AUGGAGCGGCAAGGAGACUAUGUUUAUAUCGAAGAUGGAGCAUAUACUUCUGCCAACUUAUUAUGCAUCCCUGAGAAAUACAAAGCAUACAUCGACUUAGUUUUCAUCUCCAAAGGUCAAAUCGAAGACAGGAUUUUAAGGCUCGCUGAAACCCUCACAAGCGAGUCAAAAACUCGCUCAAUCGCCCUUAUCGUGAUCUUGCGAGGAGCCUUUAGAUUUGCCAAGGAUUUAGUUGAUGGCAUCGACCGCGCCUGCUAUAAAGAGCAGUUUGUCUAUACAAUUGACUUUAUCCGUGCAAGGAGCUACGUAGGUCAAACCCAGCAUGACAUUAUCCUUGAAGGCCUGGACGCCCUGGACCUAGAAGGAAAAGAGGUGGUCAUUGUGGAAGACUUAGUUGAUAGUGGAAAUACACUUUCAAGAGUCGCAAGUAUCAUAAGAGGGGGGCUAAUUUAUAAUUUCAUAGAGCUUUCACCAUAAUCGUUAUUAAUUAUAUAACAAACUGUUUUGGUUGCUAAAAAAGGGAUUAAUUUUUUCCUUUUUCUAAUGGUUGUGCUUUCUUCCAGGGUAGGAGUAAGAGAAAAAAAACCCAGCUUCAUUGAAAAUCUGCGUGCUAAUUUAUAAGAGAAAUCCUGAAAACACACGCAUUGUGCCUGAUCACAUUGGAUUUUCGGUGCCAAAUGAGUGGAUUAUUGGGUAUCAUACGGACUAUAACAACUACUUUAGGGAUCUCCCUCACAUUUGUUUGCUUAAUGAUGCUGGAAAGGAAGAAUUCAGGACUAAGUAA